AUGCCACCGAACAUUAUAUUCAUUCUUGCUGACGAUCUGGGUUGGGACGACGUGAGCUUCCACGGAUCGCCACAAAUCCCGACUCCAAACAUGGACGUCUUGGCCGCAGACGGUAUCAUCUUGAACAACUACUACGUGCAGCCUGUGUGCACUCCGUCCAGAGCCGCUCUGAUGUCGGGCCUCUACCCUAUCCACACCGGCAUGGAGACUUCAGUCAUACUCAUAGGCGAGCCGUGGGGUCUGCCACUACACGUCAGACUGAUGCCUCAAUACUUGAAGGACCUCGGUUACCAAACACACAUGAUCGGAAAGUGGCACCUUGGCUACUACACGGAACAGUACGUGCCCACUGCCCGCGGAUUCGACUCAUUUUACGGCUACUACAACGGCGAGGAAGACUAUUACAACCACACCCUUCCCUUCGAGGAUGCGGUCGGCCUCGACUUCUGGCUCAACGACGAGCCACUCAGGAACGAGACGGACCAGUAUUCGACUACAUUGUUCGGCAAACAAGCAAUCAAGAUGAUCCAGGAACGGGAUCCGAAAAAGCCGUUCUUCCUCUACCUGUGUUAUCAAGCACCUCAUGGAGGUGCGCCAGUUGAACUACAAGCGCCAAGUGAGAACGUCGACAAAUUUCCCUACAUCGGAGAAAAGAAUCGAACGAUGUUUGCAGGUAUGAUGGACGCACUGGACCAGUCUGUGGGCGACGUCCUCGAGGCGCUGCAACAGGAGCGUAUGCUGGACAACUCGAUCAUAGUGUUCAGCAGCGACAACGGAGGCUUGCCGUGGGGUAACCACGCCAGCCGUGGCUUCAACUGGCCGCUACGGGGCACAAAGAACACCCUGUGGGAAGGAGGCACGCGGGCAUCCGCUUUCCUCUGGUCGCCCCUAAUCAGCCGCAGUCGCCGGGUCUCGCACCAGCUCAUGCACAUCGUCGACUGGCUUCCCACGCUCUACAGGGCCGCCGGCGGAGACCCGUCAAAGAUGAAGAACCUUGACGGCCACGACAUGUGGCUGCACCUGUGCGCCGACCUGCCGUCCCCGCGUACCGAGAUGCUGUACAACAUCGACCCCGUGGGCAGCGCGGCAGCACUGCGCUACCGCGACUACAAGCUGGUGCUUGGCGUCUCGGCAGGUGGAAUGUACGACCAAAGGUUCCGGACGCCCGGAAGCUCUCGACCGUACGCCGACCUGGACCGCCUGAUGGCCGAGUCAAAGGCGGCACGCGUGCUUCGAGACUUCUACAACACAGGUGCCUUCCUCUUUCCCAGCCAGUGGCGCCAGAGGGCCACGCUGCACUGCGGCCCGACGGAAAGCUCGAACUUCGUGGGAGGCGACCCGCCUUACCUGUUCGACCUGUCCAGGGAUCCGUGUGAGCUGCACAACCUGGCGCCGGACAACCGCGAGCUGCUGUCCGUGCUCAUUCGGAGGCUGGCGAGCUACGCUGUCACAUCGGUGGCGCCACGCAACAAGCCCGUAGACCGGAGGUCCUUCCCACAGUACCACAACGGCACCUGGGCGCCUUGGGUGAACGUCGCAUCUAUGUAG